AGCAGCUCCAAGAUCAAGCCCAACAUUUUGAAAGUGAGAAUCAAGAACCCGAACCGCAGAGAUCAGAGUAAAAUCGAAAGAUACACUAUAUAUAAAAGUAAAUCUCAUAACGCUAAUAAAAGGAUAUACGGCAACGAACAGAGUAUUGCGAAAACCCAAUCUAAACGGCAAAAACCCUAAUGAUGGAGUUGGUGGUGAUGAUGACGACGAUGACAUGAGCGUAGCAUGGCUAGGGAACAAGAAACCACCGCGCAACCCUGGGGCACGUUGGACGAGCUACUGCUGGCUUGCGCCGUGAACCGCCACGGCACCAAGAGCUGGGAGAGUGUCGCCGUGGAACUCCAGAACCGGCGGAGCGACGCGCUGGGUUUGCUCACUCCUCAGUUAUGCAAGGAUAAGUUCAGUGACCUCAAACGACGGUUCAUGUCCCAAAACGACGCCGAUUCGUCCGCUUCGAGUUUGGUCCCCAUGGUUGACCAGCUCCGCCGGAUUCGCGUCGAGGAGCUCCGGCGGGGGGUCCAGCAAAGCGACGAUUCAAUCGUGUCGCUGGAAUUGAAGGUGAAGAAAUUGGAAGAGGAGAGACAGAGGAGUUUGAAAGAGGAGGCAGAUCUAGGGAGGGAUACAAAUCUCUCGCCGGAAAUCGUCGCCGGGAAGCCCGCCGUCGAGGAAGACUCCGGCGAGCGCGAUGACCGAUCCUUCAACGAGUCCAAUUCCACGAGUCAGAAACCUGAGCCGGCGACCGAGAUGGUAAAGAAUGAAGAAAACGACGUCGUGGAAGCAGAUGCGGGAGUAACAGGCGAAGAAGGAAGGGCUCAGGUUAAAACCGAACCGGACGUUAGGAAAGAACCGGAUCCGGUUCAACCCAAAAAUGAACCGACAGGAAGGCGGACAGACGAUGACGACGAAAAUAAGAAGCAGAGCAGCGAUGUCCAGAGCUCCGCUAGUUUAUCGAAAAAGAAACGACGUCGUAAUAGAGGUGGCGGCACCGGCGGGAGCAGCAGCGGCGAGGAACCCGAGAGAGACGAGGUUUGUCCCCCCAACAAGCGGGCUAUGACGGUGAAAUCUGAGCCGUUGAUUAAGCUUCUCGGGAUCAUCGGGUCCCAUCGACUCGGUUCAUCGUUCGAGCGGCGGCAGCGGAGCCAGGAAUCUGAAAGAUACAAAACACUGAUUCGGCAACACAUAGACCUAGAAAUAAUACAAUCCAGACUUGAGAAAGGGCUCUAUUCCGAUUGUACCCCGAAGUUCUUUAGAGAUCUCCUACUUUUGUUCAACAACUUCACUAUUUUCUACCGCAAAAGUUCUCAGGAACAUAUUGCCGCUCAAGAGCUCCGGGAAUUGGUCUGUAAGGAAAUGAUGACACUGUUGCCCACGAAACCAGUACAGGAACCUGCGACUUCUGUGAAAUCUGAACCUGACAAACAACGGGCUUCGCUUUCAAAACCUACCAAGUCUUCCACCAUGGUUGCUUGUGGUAAGCGCAGUUCCAUCAAAGCAAUAACAGAGAAUGCUAGUAAGAAGGGAGAUAAAAAGGAGAGAGAGGUUGAGGAAAAGCCGAAGGCGAAUGAGAAGAAGGUUGAUGGUUCUUUAGUAGGGAUUGAUGAGAAGGGUAUAAGGAAGAAAAGGAGUAAAGAAAGAUCAGUAACGGGCCAGAGAAACUCUAGAACAAGCAACAAGAGUGGGGAGGUAAAGCAUGAGUUUGGUGGCAACGAGCUUAGCUCUCAUGACACUUUGGAGCUUAAAACGGAUAAGAAAGAAAGUGUGGUGAGGAAAAAACAAGGUGCGGCAGGUUUCUUGAAAAGAAUGAAGCAGAAUUCGCCAAGUGAAGUGAUAGAGAAUGAUAAUGAAGAUAAUGAUUCGGAGGACCAGAGCAAAGACGGAAAAGGGGAGGAGGAGAAAAAGGGGAAGGGAAGGAAGAGAGAGGUGAUGAAGAGAGAAAAGAUUACGAGGAGUUCAGGAGGAAGAGGGGCAAGAGAUGAGAGUGGGAAAGGGAAGAGAGGGGUUGGGAGGCCGCCGAAGAGAGCAGCGGCAGAGUCGACACCAAAGAGAGGGAGGGAAAGUGGUGAGAAUGAGGCAGGGGGCAGGGGUAAGAAACGGACCAGAAGGUGAUUGAGAUUGUUGUAUGAUGUAAAGUAUCCUUUUUCUCUAUAUAUAUUUUUAUUUUGGCUUUUUGAUGGUAAAAAUGAAAAUGGGGAAAGGCGAAUGGAAUGUCAUGAUCAACUUCUUGUAGGAUGGUUUUGUUUUAGCCACUGACAGGUUUUGAAUGUAACAAUCCAAAGAUUAAUGGUAUAGAUUAUAUUCGGUUAAUAAUCAAUUUCACAUGGU